UCAGACUUGCCACCUGUUCCUUCUACAUCAAGGACAGGCUCUGCAGAAUUUUCUGUUAGGGAGCGAAUGAGAGAGAAACGAAAAGCAGCAAAGUCAAAAGCAGAACUUAAUUUAUUCAAAAAAGUUUCCAGUCCACAACCAAGGCGUUUGAAAAGCACCAAAGAAAGAAAAACAGAAGUCAGAGUGGAUAAAGCGUCUCAUCAUGCUACUUUUAGGGAGAUGCAAAAGGGUGAAUCCCACUUACCAUCAAAAAUAAAGUUUCAUGAUUCUGUCAAAAAUUCAACAGUCCAGAAUGAUUUUCCUUCUGCUGAAGAAGCAUAUAAUUUCUUUACCUUCAAUUUUGAUCCUGAACCAGAAAGUAUAAAAGCUGGAGCCAGGAAAAGGAUUGAAUUAAAUGAGGAAGAGGAGGCAGAAGAAGAAUGUGUAGAAACCCGUGAGGAUGAACAAGAGGAAGAUGAAACGGAUGAAGACGUACGCCUAGUUAAAGAUGAUGAUUUAUUCAUUAUAGGGCAGACAGACGAAGAUUUGGUAGUAGUGAAACCUGCCGAUUGUGAGAACUACUCUAAGCAAGUGAAAAAUGAAAAAGAAUUUCUCUUCACUCCCAGCAAGCAACGAGUGCCCACUUCUGAGAAGAUCCCUGGAAACAUGCAGCCUAGGUACCUUGAGGAUGAGGGUCUUUACACAGGAGAAAGGCCCUUUGUAUCACAGCGUAAUCAAAAUAUUUUAGAAAACAGAAUACUCAGACAGGAGCAAGGGAAAGGGUGGUUUGGUGAUGAUGGCAAAAUCUUAGCAUUGCCUAAUCCAAUUAAACAGUCUUCUACUAGGCCUCCAAUAUGGUCAUUUGAAGAAGGCAUUGCACCAGAACUUGAAACAGUGUAUAGAAAGGCAAUAAAAAUGACAGCUGCCAAUCAGUAUCUUGUUGGACCUGGAGAUUUUCAGGGGCCAUUUCAAUUGGAUAUUGAUAUUUCUGGACUGAUAUUUACCCAUCAUCCCUGUUUUAGCCGUGAGCAUGUGUUAGCAGCUAAAUUGGCUCAGUUAUAUGAUCAGCAUUUAGCAAGAAAACAGAAGAAUCUUACCAAACUCCUCACAGACAAGCUGCAUGCUUUGAGGAGUGCUGUGCAAUGUAGUAUAGACAGUCGUGGUGCUGGUGUUCCCAGUCCUGUGGCGCAACAGAGCAUACCUGAAUACAAAAUUGAGAUCAGGCAAACCAGAAGACUCCGUGAUGCUGAACAAGAAAAAGACAGAAUGUUGCUUAAGACCAUUAUAAAAGUUUGGAAACAAAUUAAAUCCCUCCGCGACUUUCAGAAGUUUACUAACACACCCAUGAAACUUUAUUUGAGGAAGGAAGAGGUUGACCAGACAUUAGAUGAAAAAGCAUAUGAAGCAGAAAUUCAGGCUGAGAUAAAUGAAUUAUUGGAAGAAUAUAUGGAAGAAUAUGAAAAGAAAAUGGAGGAGUAUAAAACUGAGCUAGAAGAGUGGAAAUCCUGGAAGAAGAUACAGAAAGACAAGAAGAAAAAGAAGAAAAGAGACAUUCAUGAAGAAGAAUUAGUAGAAGAUUGUGACCUUGCUGAGGAACGUGUAAAACCCAUCCCACCUAAAAUGGCCAAUCACUUGGAAAUAGAGCAGCAGGUUAGAGAAAAAGCUCAGAACUGCAGAAGGAAACCUGGAGAGCCUUCUCUAUUUCCUGAACUGGUCCUGUCAGGAAGCAUAACUCCAACUGAGCAGUGUCCUCGAGCAGAAGUUUUGCGACGAGAAGAUGUGAAGAAACGCUCUGCAUUUAUAAAAGUCCUUUUCAACUCCAAAGAAGUAUCAAGGACUGUUACCCGACCAAUAAGUUCAGAUUUCAGAGUUCACUUUGGACAGAUUUUCAAUUUACAAAUAUUCAGUUGGCCAGAGAGUUUGAAACUACAGAUAUAUGAAACAAUGGGUAUAAGCAGCACCACCUUGUUGGCUGAAGUGUUCAUACCUGUUCCUGAGACUACAGUUCUGACAGGCAGUGCUCCUAUGGAAGAAAUAGAGUUCAGCAGCAAUCAGCGUGUGAUGUUGGACCAUGAAGGAGUUGGGAGUGGUGUGUCCUUUUCAUUUGAAGCUGAUGGUAGCAACAAAAUUACUUUAAUGACCUCUGGGAAAGUAUCAAAUAGUGUCUCUUGGGCAGCUGGAGAAAAAGGAAUCCCCUUAAUUCCUCCAGUAUCUCAGCAAAACACAGGCAUUCCAAGCACUUUAAAAAAUAUUGAUGCUAUAGCAUCCAUUGGCACAUCAGGCUUAACUGACAUGAAGAAACUUGCUAAGUGGGCAGCGGAAGCAAAACUUGAUCCAAAUGACCCAAACAAUGCAGCUCUGAUGCAGCUGAUCAUGGUUGCCACGAGUGGAGAGGCACACGGUCCUGAUUUCUUCAGAUUGGAACAGUUGCAGCAAGAAUUUAAUUUUGUUUCUGAUGAGGAAUUUAAUAGAUCAAAGAGAUUCCGACUCUUGCAGCUCAGAAAUGGGGGCGUGGCAGAGUUCCGAAACUACAAGCAGGUCCCCUUACGGGAACGAGAAAUCAGUGAGAAAAUCUUCCAGGACUAUGAGAAGAGACUGCAAGAGAGGGAUGUGACUGAUGGCAAAAAUUACCUAGAUGCACACAGAGCAGUUGUUGCCAACUAUCUACAGAAGGUUCGAGAAUCAGUAAUAAACCGUUUCCUCAUAGCAAAACACCAUUUUCUUCUCUCUGACCUUGUCAAUGAAGAGGAGGUUCCUAGCCUGGGUAUUCUGGGACUCAGCCUUUUUAAACUGGCAGAGCCAAAACGACCAUUAAAGCCAAGAAGAAAAGAAAGGAAGAAGGUCACAGCACAGAAUUUAUCAGAUGGAGACAUAAAACUGUUAGUGAACAUCAUUAGAGCUUAUGAUAUUCCAGUGAGAAAACCAGUGAUGAGCAAAUUUCAACAACCAUCCAAAUCUUCAAGGUCCUUUAAUGAGAUGUUUGCAGCCUCUCCAUCAGCUCAGAGCCCAACUGAUAGCCCAGACUGGGCAUUCAACCAGGUUUUAGUCCGUCCUUUUGUAGAAGUUUCUUUUCAGCGAACAGUCUGCCGGACAACAACAGCAGAGGGUCCUAACCCCAACUGGAAUGAGGAACUUGAGCUUCCAUUUAGAGCUCCUAAUGGUGACUACAGCACCCACAGCUUGCAGUCAGUGAAGGAUGAAGUCUUCAUUAAUAUUUUUGAUGAAGUACUUCAUGAUGCUAUAGAGGAUGAUCGUGAAAGAGGAAGUGGAAUCCACACUCGUGUUGAGAGACACUGGCUGGGAUGCGUGAAGAUUCCAUUUACUACGAUAUAUUUUCAAGCUAGG